AGAAGCUAGCUAGCUAGUAAACUGCGGUCACGAUGAACGAUGCGGAUUAUCUUGUACAGUACACAUUAUAAAGUAUGUCUUUAAAGAAAAAUGUAAACACCUCGGCUCCCACUAGCCGCGUGAUAUGUUAUAAACCAAACCUCAGAUACAUUUCUCAAAUUUAACUUUGAGUGGCUCUCCAGGACAAAAUGGCUAACUGCUAACGCUAACUAGCUUCCGUUUUUUGGAUUAGGUAUGGUAACGUAACCAGUCAAGAACUAGCUAUACGGUUAGAACCUUAAACAUGUUUCUGAAAAGAUAACCAAACAUUAAAGCAGAGGGACAACUGGUCAAAACUGGCAAAACAUAGCUAACGUCACCAGAAACAACAGCUCGGUGCUGUUUGCCACACUGCGGCGGGCUGACAAUGACUUGAAUGCUGAUUAUUGUGAAGAUCGACAAAGGACACAAGGAAAGGAGGAGAUGAACCGUUUCCUGAGAGCUGGGGAGAAUGGAGGGCUGGUGACGGACUGCAGGGAGCUGUCACCUAACAACACCGCCUCCUCCUCCUCCACCGCCUCCUCCAUCACCUCCUCCUGCUCCUCCUCCUCCUCCUCCAGCGCCGCUGGCUCAGCCGACAGACACGCGGCCCUGCCCUCGCUCCAGACCCGGGGACCUGUCGUCGGUGGCGGCAGCGGCGGGUCGGAGCCGAGGAGAUCCGCGCAUAAACGCAGCCGAGCCGGCCGGGAGGGACGAGAGGAACCGGAGACGGUGGCGGAUCUGUCAGCGGCUGCCGUUGCGGUGUGCGUCGGGGUCGGUAAGCAGCAGCAGCGUCGGGAGGCUCAAGGACGCAGCGUUGGUGGAGGUGGAGAAGGUCUGGAGAUGAUUUCAGCGGUCAGCAGAGACGCGGACGGCGGAAGGAGCGAAAGCAGCAACAACGGUGUCUCCGAACUGACCACGGCCUCUCCUGCGACAUGCGCCAAAGGCAAGGAGGAGAGGAAGGGGAAAAACGUGAUCCGGGGCUGGAAGAGGGAGAGAGACAGGGACUCUGCCGCUCCUCCUGUCCGGAUGAGGAAGGAGAAGCCCGGCGAUGGCUCGUCUCCUCCUCCCUCCCUCUUCCUCCCCUCGUCCGCCCUGCCCGAGCAUCAUCUGUGCCGCGACGGCCCCGUACACUGCCAGUGCGCCGCGCCGGAAUCUAGGAUCAUGGGAGAUAAUAGCAUUAACAGCGUAAACAAUAAUAGCGGGAGUAACGGCGGCGGCGCUGCCAAUAAAACUGCGCUGGAUUGUGGAGUUAAGAGCGGCGGCAGCGCUAUUGUUGUCAGGCGGCAGCAUGACGACACGCCGGCGGCCAAGAAAUACAGAGGAACCGAGAAGGUGGACCCCAUGUUUAUGGUGCCAGCUCCCCCUGCUCCAGGCCACCCCGGCGCCCCCGGAUCCUCUCUGCCGUCAGCCCCUUCAUUCUCCCCUCCUGCCCUGCCCACCUCCAACCCCAAGCAGCUGGUGGUGAGGACGCGGUCUAUAGGCACCAACACCCAGGAUGGAGGCAACUCUGGAGCACCGGAGGACGACUCGGCCUGUCUGGGACCCUGCCAGCCCGGGACCAGUGUCAACUUGGAAGGCAUUGUGUGGCACGAGACUGAGGAGGGUGUGCUGGUGGUGAACGUGACGUGGAGGAAGAGAACCUACGUGGGAACUCUGUUAGACUGCACCAAACACGACUGGGCUCCUCCAAGGUUUUGUGAGUCUCCGUCCAGUGACCCUGAGUUGCCAGGUGGGCGUGGCCGGGGCAAACGGAUGCGAAUGGCCAUGGCCGAGAGGCCCUGCGUUGAUCCGGCCCCUGCUGCCAAAAUCAGGGGUCUAUCACAGCACAGGAGCCGUGGAGGGGGUGUGGCUGGAACCACUGCACCCAUCCACAGCAAGGGGCGGAGAGGAAGCCUGAACCUCAUUAACAGCAACUGCCGAGCGCCACCUUCUUUCUUCACUGUGGAGGAGGUGAAACCUGCCAACAGCACCUCCUCUCUCUCCUCCGGGAAGCGGAAGAACAAACCGCUGGCUGACCUGGAUCUCAGCCUGGUCUCCUCGGAUGAAAUCAAAAACGGGAACGGGAAGAGGAUCCGAGCCAAAUCCCGCAGCGCCCCGUCCACGCCGCUGGGCAAAUCUGACCCUUCGUUCAUGGACCCUGGAGGAGGUUGUGCCUCCUCACCACCUCCCCCACCCAUCCUCAUCGACUGCCCCCACCCCAACUGCACUAAACGCUACAAGCACAUCAACGGCCUGCGCUACCACCAGACACAUGCACACCUGGAGGCUGAGGAGCAGAGGAAGCCUGAGCUGGAGCCCAUGAAGGACGGGGAGAGCGAGGAACGCCUAUCGGACUGUGAGGACACCAUCGGCAACAUGACGUAUGACCUCUCAGAGACAAACAGUACUAAUGCCAACAGCUCCUCUAAGAAACCUGCUCCACUAUAUAAGGUGACCACAGUGGGGUCUCCUAAGAACAGACGGCUUCUCCUCAGUACGGACCACAGCCCCUCAGCCAACCCCAAGACCAGAAGAACCUCACUGCUGAAAGAUGGGCUGAUUGAUGACCUCAGCAAUCUGCCCAUCAUCUCCAACAUGACUGUGGUUCUGGAGAACUGCAUGGUCCCAGACAGAAAUUCCACAGUCGAGAUGCCCAAGCUGGAAGCCGAAGGCUUGAUUGACAAAAAGGGGGUUGUGUGUGACAAAGGCAAGAAGGCCAACGGGAAGGUUGAGAAGCCGUCCAAGUCACGGACCAACCGGCCGAUCGCUCCCGCCCCUGCUCCCCCAAAGCUGAUCGCCAUACCCAACACAGCGUACCCGACCGGCACAGCAGAUACUGCCCCCUCACAGCAGCCCUCACCCAUGGCAGCCGUAGGCCUCACCAGUAAAAACCUUCCCCUGAAACCCAUCAAACCAAAGCUGAGCAUCAUUGUAGAGCCGAGCCUUGUCAAAGCCACCCUGGUCCCCUGCACUAAAGAGACCAGGAAGAAAGAGAAACGGAGGCUGAAGGACAAACACAACAAAGAUGUGCAAACCAGGACACCUAAUGGUGAGGGUGGUGGAAUCAAAAUGGAAGAUGUUGGAGGUUCCAAAAUGGGCGUGAAGGAAAUUUCUGGGAGUCUUCUGAAGGAGCACCUCAGUAAGCAGGAUGUACUGAACGGGCUCACAGAGAGCCAGGAGAGCAGGAUGGCCAGUAUCCGAGCUGAGGCUGACAAGGUCUACACCUUCACCGACAACGCCCCCAGUCCCUCCAUUGGUGGUUCAUCACGGCUUGACUCCAGUGGUAGUUGCCUAGCAACAGACAGCAAGAACAACAGCCCCGCCUACUCUGACAUCUCAGAUGCUGGGGAUGACGGGGGAUCUUCUGAAUGUCGCUCGGAUGGAACCAGAUCCAAGUCAGCCUCCUCGGCCUCUUCAGAGGUGAGCUCCAACAGUAGCCAUGGUAACUGUGGUAAAACCCCACCCACGGCUUCUGCCCCGACAUCAAAAGACCCCCAAUCCCCGUACUACCACAGCUACGAGCCCUACUACCUGCAGGGGUACAUGCAGUCGGACCGGCAAAACAGCAGCAGCGUUGCUUUUCACAAAAGCUCUGGCCACGAGGGCAAAGGGAAAGACCGAAAGGACGAACUGAAAGAGGACGAUAAAAGCUCCUCCCACGACUUUUCAGACUCAAAGAAAGGCGACGGGCCGCCUCAGUCGCAGCUCCAGCUGGCUAUGAGUCAAACCCAGACCGCCUUGGCCCAGUCACUGUACUACGGCCAGUACUCCAGAGGACUCUACAUGGACCAGAAACUGUUACUGGCCUCCAAAUGCUGUGACCAGAUGCACAGCGCCAAGCAAAGGGGCGAGAGGGGACAUGGGGUGAGAGACAGUGAGGAUGAUAAACAUGUGGUUGGGGGUUCAGCCAGUGGACCCAUGCACGGUAAAGAUGGCACUAAAAGUUGCUGUCCCAAACCCGUCAUGUCCUACGUGGAGAUGACUGAGAGGGGAGAAAGGGGACAGAGUCUGGGCGUAAAGGCGGUGCACGGUGGCAUGGUGGAGCAGCACCAGGUCUCGAUGAAAGACUGCGAUGACAUCAAGUCACCUUCCUCUUCCUCUUCUUCAUCACUCCACAACCCAAACAGUCAGGCAGAUCUGGACUCAAAUGUUUCCUAUUCCAGUCCCUCAGACGGCCCGGCCUGGGCUCACUGCCUCGCUCACAGCAAAUACUCAGACCUACAACAUGGGGAGGAGGCCGAGGAGGGUGAAGCAGACAGGGGAAAGGAAUGGGGUGCUACCGUGGAGCCUGACGGGGCCAAGAUGACCUCAGGAGGAGGUGUGGGCGGAGAUGCUAAAAAAGCCAGGGUCCACGAUCUCCCGCCCGCCAUCGACGUGGAGGAUUCAGACAGGCUGGAUGAUCAAGGCCAGGAGCCAAUGGGAGGGCUGGCUGAGGAGUCCCAGAGUGCCCGGGUGGCAGUAUCUCCUCCCAUGACCCCCCAGCAGCCCUACAUCCAGUACCAGCACUCCUCCUACCCACCCUACCUGGCAAUGUGUGAAAGCGAUGGGGGUUCCUACAGAGGGGUGUCCCAAAGCCUGGUACACAAUUACCCAGGUUUCCACUACCCUCUGUACGGUAAGACGGCAGGCAGGGAGGAGUCUGAGGUGACUCCACCCGGCAGAGGAGGAGCGGUGAGCAGCAAGCAGACCGGCAACUCUUCCUCGUCCUCAGCCAUCGAGCUGCUGCAGCAGCAGAGCCAUCAAUACCACGGGAAAUCACCCGCUCCCGGCGAGAAGGGUUCCCCCGAGGGGGAGAGAGAGACGGAGCGAGAGAGGAACCACGUGUCAUUUGCCCGACACCUCCACACACACCAUCACACACACCUGGGUAUGAGCUACAACCUGAUGUCAGGACAGUACGACAUCUACCAAGGCUUGAGCUCCAGGUCGCUGGUCUCCAGUCAGCAGUUGUCAGGACACUCCUCUACUGAGAGCGAAGGGAAGAAGUAGGACCAUGUGAGAGACCAAGUCUCACAUGAGGAACGGCAGAAUUUAUCAGGCAUCAAUUCCAUGGUGUUUAAUAAGCUUCGCCUCGCUCAGAGGCAGAGAACUAAAAUUAAAAAAACCUCUGUCAUUUCUUACUAACAAAAACCACCUGUUUUAUAACACGUCGUCGAGGUGCAGACGGAGGGACAGGAAGCAGGAUCAGCAGGAACUAUCUGUGCCAAUCCAGAUCACUGACUUUUGAAGCUUUCAGUUUUGCAGGAUUUUGACAGAAGCAGGGUGGCGCGUAUGAAACUUAACAUGCCAGAGCGCCGCACAUCCACCCAGCUGCAGCUGGGGUGUUCCUCUUCAUGAAAUGCACAUUUAUCGUAGUGUAUUAUGAUGACGAUGUGACUGAAUGUACUGAAGAUGACUUGCAUUAUCCCGAUAGUGUUUUUUUUGUUUUGUUUUUUUACUAUUAAGGAAACAGCAUUAGGAAGCUAAAAAGUCUAUUAUUAUUCUUAUUAUCCUUAUCAUUCUGAUUAUUGAAGUGGUCCUCCUCCCUCCAUAGUGCUGACGCUACAUUUGUAUUACUAACCUGUACUUGAGCGUAACCAUGUUGAUUGUAUUGUCUUUAUGUGAGAGUAAACCUUCACAUCAACCUGCCCAGUGCCAUGUAGGAUCCCAGUGGUGUAUAUAUUCUGUACAGAUUCAUGGCUGGGCACUAAAAUGCUUUAUUGUACUCUAUGUCGAUCUCCAUCAGCCAUGCAGGGGAGCAGCGGGCGGAGCGUGGAAAACCCACAGGAAAAGAACCACUAUUAGCCGAGUUCAGUUCAACAGCAGCAGUUUGUCCUGUCGGCACACGUCCUAUGGUUCCACUGACGUGAUGUAUGUUGCACACAUGACACAUUCUAUUUGGUUGGAGCUACGGAUAAGUGUGUCAUUUAGUGACAGCCCCAGAUUGUGCCUCGUGGAUUCUUUCUGGUCACUGUUGAUCUCCACAUCUCACAGAUGUUCUGGAGCUUUCAAUCGUACCCCAUAAUGCCUUGAAAUUGCAGUUUGACCACAAGAUCAAUUCAGAGAAUCAACUUUAAUGCAAACAAGGACGAAAAAACGCUCGGAAGGAUGGAAGAUUGAAAAUCAUUGAUUCCAAGCUAACUGGAAAAGCUCCCUCUGCUGAGGAAGAUGUUUUGAUACGACUAAAAGCUCCAGAUCAGCUGCUCAAAGGACCUUAUGGUCAGAUUGUUUUGCUUUACAAAUGUUCAUAGUUGGUAGUAGACAGGAAAGAAACAGUUUGUUUGUCCCAAACAACGAUGGCAAUUUAGUGUACACCAGAGAAAAUAUAAAAUUAAAGGGGAACAGGAUAUAGAUUAGAUUAGAUUAUACUUUAUUUAUCCCACGACGGGGAAAUUCUGUCGUUACAAGUAGCAGCAUAGCAGCAACAGCAAAAAAACAGAAAAACAAAACAAUAACACACAAACAAGUAAGCACGAAAGAAAUACAAGGCAAGAAAUACAAGGCAAGAAAUACAGGCAAGAA